AAUCAAUUGAAUGAGUGUUGCAUUCAAUGACUCAAUGAAUGGGAAGUUAACGUCAUUUAUGUAAUGAAUGGACGAAUGGAUGACUUUUUUGAAUGAAAAGGCAAUCAAUAAAUAAAUGCGUUUUCAAUAGACUUUGCAAAGGAUUACGGCUUUCAUUGCAAACUAUUGUCACAAUUAGUCACAAAUGAGUGUCAAUUCGCCAUCAAAUCUAAAGAGUCGUCUUCGUGUGGUUCCCAUCGACGAGUGGUCGACACGAGAGAAGUUAUGUCUCGCCUCCAGUGUCCUCAAGAGUGGCGACCAGAACUGGAGUUCAGUGAGUCGUCCGAUGAAGUCGUUCUGUGAGCCGAACCGACCGCAGGACUGGUAUCACCAGAAGUACUGUGCGAUUCAGUACCAGGAGUUGCUCGAGAAGAUAGAGACCGACACUCCGAAACGAAAGCGCAGCGAAAGAGGCGAAGAGACGCCGCAAACGGUUAUCGUUAGGAAUCUCACGAAACAACGCAUCGAAGAGUUGAGACAAAAGACACAAAUGGAGAGAGAGAUGAUUGCGAGAGUGAAGCGAGACUUAGAGUUACUGAAGACUAACCAAAUGGACGACAAGAGGGUUCAAGAGCUCUGUUCUGAGAUUAAGGAGAAGGAGGCGAAGGAAAAGGAGAGAGAAGUGGAGCACAAGAAGUGGUUGGAGGAGAGGAACGUGAAGAUCGCGCAGAUGACCAGAAAAGGCACGUUUGCCACCAGACAUAAACCAUCGACGCCCGCAAUGCCCGUCCCCUCGCAGACCAUCGCUAACGCAACAGUUGCCGAAAGUGCGGUCAAAUCACCACUCAUUGAACCGCUCAAAGUGGAGGUCGAAAGCGAUGGAAACAUCACUCAAUCGACUGCACAAAAGCAAACCGUCGAGAAGCCGGCGCCCGUCACACCAUCGCCAUCGACGUCACCACUUCUCACGUCUUUACUACAGAGUCCGACCCCAUCGACGCCCACACUAUUAUCUCCAACAAAGUCUGGUCUCACGAACCCAUUUAACCGACAAAAGAGUUCGAGUCCUUUGACUCCCAUUUCAAGGCGUCCGUCAAUACACUCGACACCAGAAAAGACAACGGAAUCGCCGCUUAAGAGCUCAGAUAAAAAUGACUUAACCGUCGGAAAUAGCACUCCGAAAAAGCGAACCAUUAGUUCGAAGAAUAAAACUAAGGAUUCAAAGAAAGACUCAGAAAAGGGAGAAGAAGUGCAUAAAAGAGAGGAAUCUAAUGAACGAUCGCUUCGUAGUAAAGAUAAAACGGAUGAAUCAAAAGGAGACAAACAUUUGGCUGAAAAGACUGACGACAAGGAAAGGGAGAAAUCAGUUGAGAAGAAACCCGAAGAGACGGCUGAAAAUGUGUCGAUUAAACAGGAAAUAAUGGAUGCGUUGGCUGACGAAGAAUCGCAACACAAAGAAAGCGGGAAACCCGUCGUUAAAGAAGAACCAAUGGAUUCGACUUCGAGUUCAGUGGCAGAAGAUUCCAAUCAGAGGACACCAUUGACUCGACCCAACAAAAGGGUCCGGAAAACACUGACGCCUUUGAAUAUUACUCCGACAGUCACUCGAAGGUCCAGUCGUCGAGUGGCUCUCAAAGACACCAAAUCAGCAAACGAUGACUCGACUGAAGUGAGCGACCAGUCGGCCGCUAAUACUCCACAAGCAGUUAAGAAGCGCGGAUCAGUUGACGACACGACUGAGACAUCGAUGAGUGAAGACAGUAAUGAUUCCAAACUAAGAGAUCGCGGCCGAAGAAGUAAUGCGCCCAUCAUUGCCACUCCAGUUGGUCCCGAGAAUGAGAUGUCUAUUCGCCGCAAAAGCAGAGGCGCCUCCACUGACACCGAUUCCAACGCUUCCAGUCUUACAAAGUCUGUGACCAAGAAGAAGAAGACUUAAACAAGACUUGAUUUUGUGGCCAAACAUUGAUUCUGUGAAUCACACUAAAUGUUUGCAACACUUUAGUAAUAUAAGUCAACUAUUUUUUUGACUCCAAUUCCCAUUCAAUGACUG